AUGUCGACGAAAAACCUACUUCGCCACAUCUUUCGCCACGGUCCGCGAGGCAAAACUGACGAAGAUGCAUUGCCACUUGAGCCAAAGCUGCUGCCAGCCACUGAGUUUGCCACCAACAACACGCGCAAGACGGUAGCUGCCCAAGACAACCCACGUGCCACUCCCAACACUCUGCCACCUCCACCGAAGACACCCGAGCCCUUUGGCCUUCAAGAUAUCGCCGAGGAGAACACCAUCGACACGCCUUCAACAGUUGAGACUGCGUCUUUGACAGAAACCCUCACUUCACUUGACCUCGAGAUCAGCACCUUCUCUGCGUGCGAGCUUGUUCAUGCCACGCUGGAAGAAGCUAGGUCUGCGGUUACGUCCCACCUCGAUACUAUCAACACCACACUGUCGCUGCUGGAGGCACUCGAUGGCUUCAGCGCGACGAUCUCAGAGCUACGGGGAGAAAUGCUGGACAAGAAGCAGGCUUGCGAAGAGCAGAUGGCGACGUUGGAUGCCGUUGAACGGGCAAUCGAGGGAAUGGCUUUUGCCGGAGAACUACAAGAGCAGGAUAUCAGAGAGGAAGACGCAUAUUAA